AUGAGCCGACCUUCUACUACAUGGAAGACAUUUAUAGCGAAUAGAGUAGCCGAUAUUCACACGCUACUUCCGGACAUUCCAUGGCGUCAUGUCCCAACAAAGGAAAAUCCUGCCGACUGCGCAUCGCGCGGGAUCUCUCCCGACGACCUUGCCACAAACCUUCAAUGGUGGUCAGGUCCCGAUUGGCUUAUUAAAUCUUCCGAUUAUUGGCCAAAAUCUGACUCGGAUUUCGAUCCCCACGCGCUAAGCGAGCAACGCGCGCAACCACAAUCGCUCACUACAUCCGUUGUCGCAUCGUGGGACCUAUCACAACGUUAUUCGUCAUGGCACAAACUCCUUCAAAUAACUGCAUACAUCUAUCGAUUCGUAACGAAUUCCCGCUCUCGACAUAUCAAUCUCAAUCUGAAGAUACAAAACCCUAGAGCUCCGAUCUACCUAAAUCCGAUUGAAAUUAAGUCCGCUGAAAUCUUUUGGAUUCGUUACAUUCAAUCAGAAUUGUUUCAUAGCGAGAUAUCAGCACUCAGUACGGCAACUCCAAUCAAGAAAUCUAGCACACUGCUUUCAUUAAAUCCUUAUCUCGAUAAUGAUCAAAUAAUUCGAGUCGGUGGCAGGCUAAGGAACGCCACCUUACAAAGCGCCGUUCGCAAUCCGAUUGUCCUAAAGGACCAUGCCUUGGUCAGGAUGAUCAUCAUGGACACCCACCGACGAAUGUUGCACGCUGGAUCUCAAUUAACAUUAGCUCGGAUCCGAGAGAAAUUUUGGAUUCUGCGAGCACGAUCUCUGGUUCGCGCUGUACUCUACAAAUGUGUAUCAUGUACACGAGAAAGGGCUCAGAUUUCUAACGAGCUCAUGGGCGAUCUUCCGAAUGUAAGAGUAAAUCGCUCAGCUCGAGCAUUCGAACAUGCCGGUGUCGAUUAUGCCGGUCCAAUUCUUGUACGAACCUCUCGUGGACGAGGUCAUAAAGCGCAUAAAGCCUAUAUUGCCGUGUUCGUUUGUAUGACGACAAAGGCGAUCCAUCUCGAGCUCGUUAGCGACUACUCUUCAGACGCUUUUCUCGCCACAUUAAAUCGUUUCGUUCUCGUCGCGGAUACCCUGCAUCGAUUUAUUCGGAUAAUGGAACCACAUUCCAAGGUGCCGAUCGCGAACUUAAACUCGCAAUCGCGCAGGCUUUAA